AUUGUAUUAAUUUACAUCCAUCUUAAGUUGCAGGAACAAUGUACAUUCUUUCAACUCGACCCAUCAUUUUCCCUUUUGGAAAUGGCUGCGAAUCGAUCUCCUCUUCUACACAAGGGCGUCGUCUCUCCUCGCAAAACUGCAGCAACAGGAUAUGGAAGAAUGGGAGACAUGAAGUUCCACCCCAUAUGAAUAACUAUCGUAGUUUCUGGAAAGAUCUAACAAACGCUGCAAGAAGAGCAACUGCAGGUAAGUCGAAGUUUCCACAAGUAUGUUCCGGAAAUAUUGAUGGCAUCGAGGUGCAACCCUUGAAUGAGAUUAAAUAUGGGCUAGAAACGCCAUGGUAUGCCAGACUUCCUCGCCUAGAUGCUCGAUUCUUUAUCGAGCAUUACAGCGUAGACGAAGUCUUGAUCGACAAGUCAUUGUACAGGCUUACCGACAAAAAAAAGGAUACCUAUAUUGAGCUCGCAAAAUUAGAUUACAAUAAAUGUCGAGAACAACAUCAGCUGGAAUGGAACCAGAUGCAGCAAUGGUAUGAAGAUUGCAAGCUUGAGGAUUUCGGGAUAAGCAAAAGGAACAUUCUAGAAGCCCACUUUUUCGCGGUUGCGAGCAUAUAUGAGGUGGAGAGAUCAGGAGAAAGAGUAGCUUGGGUUAAAUCCCAGAUUUUGGCUGAAAUUCUUCAAACUUAUUACUACAUUAAGCAACUUCCUCAAUCCAAAUCAGACCACGAGAUUGAAUUUACGACAGCAUUCGGCACAAAAAUCCAUGUUGGCGGAGAAGGUUUCAAGAAUGUACAAAGGAUUAUAACUAUACUGUUUGAAGCCCUAACACAACUCAAGAAAAAUGCACAAGAAAAAAUUGUUGGAGAUGUUAGCGACGACCUACUCCACGAGGCCUGGGGAGGAUGGUUGAAGAAGCUAGGUGAAGGGACAGGAGAAGAAAUUCAAGAAGUAGAGGUGAUGGUAAGAAGUAUAAAUAUUUGUGGUGGCCAUAUACUCUCCAAAGAGGUAUUAUCCCACCAUGAAUACAACACUCUUUCACAACUCACUAAUCAAAUCUGCCACCACCUUCUCAAGCUUCAAAAUCACAAGACGAUCGGCGUGGAAAAAAUCGAUAAGGAAAUGCAGUCACUGGUGCAGUUAGUGAUGCAGGACUCCUCCAACGGCAUGAGUAAAGCCAUGAAGCAAACAUUUUUGGUGGUGGCUAAAACGUUUUAUCACAGGGCUUAUUUUUCUGCUCAAGAAAUUGAACAACACAUAUCAAUGAUACUGUUCCAGAAUGUUGUUUAAUGGGAACUAAAAUUGAACUAAAACUUUCUCCAGUGAUGAGAGCUCAUAUGCAUAAACUGAAUAAUUAAUUUCAGAACUACUUGUUAUCGUGUUA